GCGCCGCGCUCACCGGGACACGAUCCGAGCGCCCGCGGGCUCUGAAACAUUUGGCGGUGCGUAACUUGGAGGAGGAGAUCGGACGUUGAGCAAGUUCUCUCUCUCUCUCUCUCUCUCUCUCUCUCUCUCUCUCUCUCUCUCUCUCUCUCUCUCUCUCUCUCUCUCUCUCUCGUUUACUUGAAUCGCGUGCGCAGAAGAAUCAUCCACUUGGAGACAAAGACCAGCAGAACGAGAUGGGGAGUGAAAAGUACUUACCGGAGCUUAUGGCAGAGAAGGACACGCUGGAUCCGUCUUUUCAGCACUCCUUGCGGUUACUGGAUCAGGAAAUUGAAAAAAUCCAGAAAGAUGAGGGGAAAGAAGAAGAAAAGUUCAUUGAUGUUGUCAUCAACAAGAACAUGAAACUGGGCCAGAAAGUUUUAAUACCAGUCAAGCAGUUUCCUAAAUUUAACUUUGUCGGAAAACUCCUCGGGCCACGUGGGAACUCGUUAAAGAGACUACAGGAGGACACUCUCACAAAGAUGUCAAUUCUCGGAAAAGGAUCAAUGAGAGACAAAGAAAAGGAAGAAGAGCUACGACAGAGCGGCGAGGCCAAAUAUCAUCACCUGAAUGAAGACUUACACGUGCUCAUUGAGGUCUUCGCCCCACCAGCUGAGGCCUACGCCCGCAUGGGUCACGCUCUGGAAGAGAUCAAGAAGUUUCUCAUACCAGAUUACAAUGAUGAGAUCAGACAGGCCCAGCUGCAGGAGCUCACAUACCUGAAUGGCGGCUCAGAGGAUGCCAAGGUGCCAUCAGUGAGGGGCAAGUCAGCCACCCGUGCAAGAGGGACACCUGUUCCAGGUCCUCCCAGGAGUCGAGGAGGAGUUCCUCCUCUGCAUGCAGCAGUUCCCCGAGGAGCGGCAUCCAGAGGAGCUGCACCCAGUCGGGCUCCAUCUUCCAGAGGGAGGGGGGUACAGAGAGCCAGAGGUGCUCCCCCAGCCGCAGGGUACCGCCCAGCUCCUCCCGUCAUCCAGGAUGCGUACGGAGAAUAUGAAUAUGAUGACGGCUAUGGAGCUGCUUAUGAUGGCCAGGAAUAUGAAUCAUAUGACAACAGCUACAGCAAUCAAGGACAAAAGUAAG